AUGUCCAGGGAUCUUCCACCACGAUCCAAAGAGGAAUCGACUUUUGCCACGCAGACCGAUGUCCGACGCGAAAUUAAGCAAGAGCUACUAGAAAACGACGUACGCAAUGGACAUCGCAAGGGCAUUGAUGAGCGAAUCGAUCAUCAUGGCGCUGUAGAUGUUCAAACGGGUAGCAAUCCAUUCGAAGAGACGAGACGAGUCGAGAAGAAGAAGAUGGCUACGAAGUUGGAGCUGGCCAAGAUCGACUCCGACAUGGCCAGAACGCGCUCCGCCAUGAGAGAGACGAAAUCGGACAUGGCCCGCAUGCAAGCCAACAUCGCACUCCUGGAAACCAUCUCGGAGACGCGGAAUACCGAAAAUCGUCGCCUGAAGCAGCAAAACGACCAGAACCCCGAAUCGACUUUUGUCACGCAGGCCGAUGUUCAACGCGAAAUUAAACAAGAGCUGCCAGAAAACGACGUACGCAAUGGACAUCGCAAGGGCAUUGAGGAGCGAAUCGAUCAUAAUGGCGUUGUAGAUGUUCAAACGAGUAGCAAUCCAAUUGAAGAGACGAGACGAGUCGAGAAGAAGAAGAUGACGAUGAAAUUAGAGCUGGCAAAGAUCGACUCCGACAUGGCCAGAACGCGCUCCGCCAUGAGAGAGACGAAAUCGGAUAUGGCCCGCAUGCAAGCCAACAUCGCACUCCUGGAAACCAUCUCGGAGACGCGGAAUACCGAAAAUCGUCGCCUGAAGCAGCAAAACGACCAGGAGGAGGAAGGAGAUGAUGGAACAAAGGCCAUUUGUAAGGAAUGCAACCAUGCGAUGUGCAGAAAUGAUGCUUUUGUGCUCGCCCAGCACUCUACUACGCACAUCACCUUCCAGCCCUACGAUUGUAGCGUUUGUCCUUUCACUGCGAAGCUGAAAAUGGUUUUGAAGAGACAUCUGAAUGCCAAACAUCGGGGGUCUGGCGAAAUCUUCGAUAAUCGCACUGCUGAAUACUUUGAUGCACUCGAGGCGAAGACAAAUGCCAAUUUUCCCGGACACUCAGCGGCAAUUACUAAAUACAUUGAGGGUCAAAAAAAUGUAUCAGGGAUUCAAGAUGAUUUCGAUCACGAGGAUGAUCAUCAACAAGACAAUCGACAAGUUGCUGGUCUCCUGGCAUCUGACGAGAAAGAAAAUGUGCCCACGAGGACGGAAGCUUCACCUUCGAUUCCUGCUACUCCCUUGAUCAAACAGGAAUGGGAGCCAAUCGCCGAGCCACAAUCCAAGAAGAAAAAUGCUGCUCCAACGCUUCCGCUUCAACGCGAUGUCAAGCAAGAGAUGCUCGAAAUUGACGUGGACGAGGGCGUCGUGGAAGCCGCGAUCCCGAUCGAGCAGCAUGUGAAGCAAAAUCUCCCGAUUAAUCGAAAUCUCAUCGAGCUCGGAGCCAACAACAACAAUCCAGCCGAAGAAGUUGUCAUGGCCCCCCAGCCGUCGAACGAACGCCCGGAUGCACGCCUGAGAGCCACAUUGAUGAACUUUAAGUUCAAAUUUGCCAAACUGCAAGCGGAUAUGCUGGGCAUGCAACCUGAUAUGGCCCUCAUGGAAGAUGUCGCGGCGGCCGGAAGUGCCGAAAACGAACGUUUGAAGCAAGAACUGGGAGAGGAAAUCAGCCGCCUCAAGCGCGAGAACGACAAGAAGGACAAGCAGAUUCGGCUGCUUCGUCACGAAGUUGCCGUUCUGAAGGAUGAACUCGGCAUUGAG